UUCCGUGUCAGUCAACAGGCUCAGAGCUGGUUGUCAACGUAAGCGUCGGAUGACAAGUUAUUAGUCUUCAUAGAGCAUACAGUUAAUUACAAAAGAAAGUAAAGUGUACUGUUGAUAAAAGAGAAUGUUAUUUGGCUGUUAAGAUUUGAGAUGCGUCCUCAUUUCAGACGAGCCUAGUUUACUGGCUCUGAGAAGCCAGCGGCUAAGUCAGCUAACUAACGUAGAUAUAAUGUCAAACUACAUGAAUUUGCUGUCUUAUCUCCACUAAGACUUACAGGAUGUCUAAUAAAGAAGUCAAAACCGCCUUGAAAAGUGCCAGAGAUGCCAUCAAAAACAAAGAAUUCAAAGAGGCUUUAAAACACUGUAAGGCAGUUUUGAAACUUGAGAAAAACAAUUACAAUGCGUGGGUCUUCAUUGGUUUGGCAGCCACUGAACUGGACCAGCCAGAUCAGGCACACACAGCUUAUACAAAAGCUGUGGAGCUGGAACCUGAACAGCUGCUGGCAUGGCAGGGAUUAGUAAAUCUUUAUGAGAAGAUAGAUCAGUGGGACUUCAAAACUGAGCUGCCUCAUGCCUAUCAGAAGCUUAUUGACCUGUAUGCAAGGUCUGACAAAAAUAAAUGCUAUGAGGUGAUCAAAAAACUGUCAGAUAUCUAUCAGUCUGACAAAGAAUAUUCAAAGUUGGCAAAGGUCUGGCUGCAGCUCAUACAGCUGAAGGAAGAAGAUGGUGCAGAAAAGGAAGAGUUACAGCAUCUAUGGCUGCAGAUGACACAGAUUCUUUCAGACUGUCUUAACGGCGAGGUGCAAGACAAAGAAGCUCAACACCAUUUAAUCACCGCAUUUGAAAAGGCCAUGGUUCUCCUUAGUCCUGUCCCAGGAGAUGAGCACAGGAAACUCUCAGCUGAAUAUGUCAAAUGUCUUUCUAAACUUCCACAAGAAGAAGCCAAAUUGAGAGAAGCUUGUGACUCCAUGCUGUCCCUCUAUCCAGACCAAAGUUAUCCACUGGAAGUUCUUUGUUCUCACUACCUCCAAGCAGGUAUCCAGACUGAGGACGCAGUGAGUUGUUAUUCUCGGCUCCUGGAUCUGGUCCCAAAUAGUGGGUUGGGUCACAUGGGUCUAGGCACCAAAGCUCUCCAGGAUGGCAGAUAUGAAGAUGCCAUCAAGGACCUUGCACAAGGAUUGAAGAAAAUUACUUCAAGUUCAGGAUGGUACAGCCUGGCUCAAGCUCAGCUUAAAGCACACAGAUAUUUAGACAGCGCUACGUCGUGCUCCCAAGGUCUGACAGUUUGCAUGUCCGGAGACAAGGAGCUGAGGUCCAGAUUGCUCACAGUCAGACUCGAGGCUUUAGUCAGGAGUGGGUCAGAGCUCGCUGCCCAGCAGGCUUUAGAGACGUUUUCUCAGAUCCAAGAUGCUGACAAAGACCCAGUUCUGGUAGCCCUUAAAGGGCGUUCACACCUUAACAACGGACAGGUUGAAGAAGCACUUAAGGUGUCAUCAGAGCUGGUGGCUUCUAACCCAAACCUAUCUCAUGUUUUGGUGCUACAAGGGCUGGUCCAGGUUGCUCAAGACCAGCAAAGUCUAGCAGAGCAGAGUUUCCUCAAAGCAGUAAGCCAAAGCCCGGACUGUGGAGAGUACUAUUUCUUGCUUGGACAACUUUAUUGGAACAUGGGAGAAGAGAGCCGUAAAGAUCGCCGCAAAGCCCACACACAUUUGCUGAAGGCUGCCAAGUUGGACCCACACCUUGGAUCUGCAUUCCGCUACCUUGGACAUUAUUACCGGGUGGUGGGGAAUGAUCACGGCCGUGCACGAGGCUGCUAUAAGAAGGCAUUUGAGUUAGAUGGCAGUGAUACUGAGUCUGGAGCUGCCUCAGUGGAUCUCAGUAUGGAACAGGAAGAUAUGGACACUGCCUUAGCGAUACUUCAGUCUGUGACAGAAAAAGCCACCCCAGGCUCAGCUAAGUGGGCCUGGAUGAGACAAGGCCUUUACUAUCUGAAGGUUGACCAGCAUCAAAAGGCUAUCUCUGAUCUGCAGGCUGCUCUAAGAGCAGACCCUGAGGAUUGGGUUUGUUGGGAGUGUUUGGGCGAGGCCUAUCUAAACCGCCGGAGUUUCACAGCAGCCCUGAAAGCAUUUGGUAAGGCCCACCAGCUUCAGCCCUCCUCAAUCUACAGUGUCUACCAGGCUGCUGCAAUCAAACAGACCCUGGGCAAGUUCAAAGAGGCAGUUGCAGAGUACUUGCAGAUAACAUCUCAGCAGGAUUACGUACCUGCUCUCAAAGGUCUUGGAGAGUGCCAGCUGUCUUUGGCAAAAGGAUUACUUGAAGACUGCAGAGAUGGAAGAGCUAUUGAUCUCAUUCAGCAAGCUGUUCAAAACCUUUUUAGAGCUGUGGAACUGCGGCCAGACCUUUCCUGUCUGUGGAAGCUGCUGGGCGAUGCCUGCACCACAGUGAGCAUUGUGUCUCCAAACAGAGCCCAAGUGUUAGUGCCAGCUCCUUUAGCUGGGUUAGACCCCAACUCCAUGGGUCACAUGCUCAACCAGACCCAAACACUGAAAGUCGGUGAGAGGUGUUAUGCUCGUGCUUUGAAGCUAAUGGCUGAGGCUCCCAGCCUCUGGUAUGACCUCGGACUCAACUAUUACCACCAGGCCAGCCUACCGUGCUCCACUGAGGGCAGCCAGAGCUCAUCAUCUGAGCUUCUAGAGAAGGCCCAGCAGUGUUUGAAAAAGGCUAUCAUGAUGGACAGUGGGAUCCACACUUAUUGGAAUGCCUUGGGAGUGAUUUCCAUGGGCAAAGGAGUGGAAAACUUUGCUCUGGCCCAACAUUGCUUCAUCAAGUCCAUUCAAGUUGAAUCAAAUAAUGCUGUUGCCUGGACCAACCUUGGAGCUCUCUAUUUGAAGAAGGACAACAUAGAGCUUGCACAUGAGGCAUUCAAGAUUGCACAGUCUCUGGAGCCACUUUAUGUCACCUGCUGGAUUGGACAGGCUCUGAUAGCAGAGAAAGUAGGAAGUUAUGACACGAUGGAUCUUUUCAGACACACAACUGAGCUCAGCACACAUAUGGAGGGAGUGAAAGGCUAUGCAUACUGGGUGUGUACCACUCUGCUGGAUAAGAGCAACAGAGCGUCAGAGCUGUACCGCUACAACAUAGUACAGAUGAAUGCCGUCUCUGCGGCACAGGUCGCACUCAGCAAAUACACAGAGAGGAUCCAGUCUGACCCUGAAGCUUUCAUUAUGCUGGGUUUCCUGAAUGAGCAUCUUCAACUGAAAAUGCAGACGUUGCAUGCGUAUAAACGAGCUGUUGAACUGCUUCGGGCCAGGUCUUCAGCAGAAGGGUUGUCUUUUGCACUGGGCAGCUACGGCCGUGCUUUGUGCACCUCCGGCCAAUGGGAGGACGCUAUUCAAGCUUAUGCUUCCACUCCACUACAAGAGCUCAGUGACCUGGUUGGGCUGGCUUUGGCCUACUGCCGGGCAGGCCUCAUCUCAGAGAGCCGCAGCACCUAUGAGCGUUCUCUUGCUGUUGCCUCUAGCGAGAAGGAGAAAGCGUACAUCUGGACUGCUCUAGCCCUCCUGCAUCACAGGCAGGGUGACGUGGACUCAGCUAAGACUCUGUUGUUUAAAUGCUCCAUGGUGAAGGACUCGAUCUCAGAAUCCCUGCUCUGUUUAUGUGCUCUGGGUCUAGUCCAUGGUGAUGCGGCGCUAGCCAGCGCUGCUCUGUCUGAGCUGCUGAAACAAGACCCAGCUACUGAAAGCGUUAUCGAGCAGCGAUGUCUGCUCACCUGCACCCUGCUCGCCCUGCAGGGAAACUACAGUGCAUUGCAGAGGGAGGCUUCCAGAGCUGUUCACAGUAACCCUGGUAGCCCGAACCUGUGGGCCCUGCUGUCUCGACUGGUACCACAAUACUUUCCCAAAAAGGCAAAUGGUGGAGCAGUGGCCGGUCAUGUUGCCUGUCUCUCCAGUAUGUCUCAAGGAAAGAGGGCACUGUUGUACAGUGGAGUCAACCAGCUGGCUGGAGGUAGACACUCAGGAGAGGACAGACACAGGAAUGCACUGAAGACUAUGCAGAAAGCUGUGCUGCUCUGCCCUGAUGAUCCAGCCACGUGGGCAGGAUUAAUGGCUGCCUGUCACACAGAAAACACUUCCUGUUAUCUUUAUGGCUCUGCACCUUGUAGAAGAGGACUGGAACAAAUCCUCAUGUCAGUGGUUUCAGAGAAAGUGCGUAAUGUGGAGGAAAUAGAGCGCCCUCUAGCCCAGACACUUGAAGCCUGGGUGCUGCAGCAGGCAGUGACUGGUCUUGUGUUCGGAGGACAGCUGGAUCAGGCCGAGGCCCUCUGCUCACAGGUGUUGGAUAUUUCUUCACAACACCCAACAGUGAUGUUAGCACUGAGACAGUUACAGUGUCAGCGCCUCCUUCUGGCCAGUGAUGGUCAUACCCUCCCAGAAUCUGUGCUGCAGCAGCUCAGCAGCACUGUUAUGAUGAACCCCACUAACUUUGGCGCGUGGCACUGGCUGGCUGAGGUGUAUCGUAGCCAGUGCAUGCUGGUCCAGGCAGUCAUGGUUUACAGACAGAGUCUGAAGCUUGCUCUCCAGCUGGGCCUGCAGAGCAGUCAGGUCACCACCCUGCUCCGACUGGCCCUGCUGACCCUCAGACCCUGCAUGGCAGGUGUCUCAGUAAAUGAUUGGAAGGACCUGGUCCAAGAAGCCACCACUGAAGUGCUGAAGCUGGAGUCAUCCCCUGUAGCUCUUCUCUUCCAGGCUCUGUUUCAAUAUGCAACAAAGAUGGGUGCCAGGGAAACCAGGCGGUUGUUGGAGAGGCUUGUAUAUGUCACGGCUCAGGACAUCCCAGUGACAGCAGUGCAGGUGGCCAGCUGGUACCUGCUGAGACACUUGCAUGCAAAAAAUGACCAGGAGCUCACAGAUGUCCUUUUACAACAUGCCAGAAGUUGUGGAGACCAAAGACUGCUGGACUUUCAUUCACUGCUUAAUUCUUCAUCAUCAUGAAUUGUUCAAAUCCACAACAAGCAACAGAUUUACAAACUGGCUGCUGACAAAGUAAUCAUAAACCAAUAAGAAGUUAACUUUUCCCGGCUUCCCAAUUAAAUAAUCACAAACGGAUCCAGUGUUGGUUUGAUACCAUGAAAAUAACAUUUAAUCAUUCGGUGAUAAUAAAUCCUGACAAAUGA